AUAUGUUAGGUUGGUGGGCAGAGUACCAGUUUGAUGGAGUCUCUAACAUUAUAGGUGGUGAAGUUGAAGGAAAUGUGGUAACAGCUUUGAGGUUAUUCUCUGCCACAAACUUACCUCAGCUAGCACAACUCUGGUGUUGUAAGGACACUAACUGGGAUUCAAGUGUUUGUGAAAAGUAUAUGUCAACACUUCUGCGUUUCAUAAAAAUGUGCUGCAGCAAGAUACCUAGAGAAGUUUUAUCCUUUGAACUGACCAAGAAUGGUGAUGUUGUGUGCAUCAAAAGAAAUUUUGCCAUCCAAAACAGAAAUUUUGAGCCCAAUCAGAUUUUACCAAUAGAAUUCAUUAAGGAUCUUUAUCCACCACCACCACCACCUCCCAAACCUGGUAAAAAAAGGGGACGGAAACCUAAGAUGAAUGUACAAAAACCAGUCCCUAAGAACCCUAGAAUCCCUCAAACAGAAAAAUUUCCAGUUUGGAGGCAUCUUGAAAAUUACAAACACGGCCAGGACUUUUCAAGUUCAUCCACAAGCCUACCAUCAGUAACAACAGUAUAUUACCCGCACUCCCCACACAGCUCUGAUGAAGAACAGGAAGCACAAAGACAUACAUUUCCUCUUGAAUAUCACUUGAAUAAAAUUCAGGAGCAGAUAACCACUUACAAGAAGCUGCUGGACAAAAAUCAACAAAUUAUUAAUGAAGAAAAAUUAAAAGCAAUGAAAAAGGAGGGUAGAAAACUGAAAAAUCAAGGACUAUCUUUGAAUAGAACACCAAUUAGAAGGAAGAACAAAGUAAGGUUAUAUGGACAGUACAAUAAAAGACCAUACAGAUGGGUUAACCAAACAUUACCAUAUAAAUGGACUACGAAUAAAAGGACACAUCAGUAAAAGUCAUAGUAGAUGAAUCACUGACAUGGGAGGAAACAAAUGGGCCAACAAUAAAAUAAACAUUUUCAGAAUAAAAAAAAUGGCCAAGUUAAUGGAAAGAAUAAAGCCAAUGGAAGGAAAUGCAAGAAAAAGUUAAAAAGAAUAGUUAGAAAUCUGAGUUAAUACAGUACAGUUAAUCACCACUUAAAAAUUGAUGCUGACACCCAAGACAACAAAGUUGCAUUUAGUGCAGGUAGUAGUAAUAUGAAAAUGCAUAAAACAGAUCAGCAGCAAUCUCAUUAAACAAAGAUUCUAGAGAAAAAUAAUUAUCAGUUAAUAGCAAAAGCAUUCCUUUCUACAGUACUAUAUUUAAAUUGUUACCCCAUUUUCCACAUAUUGUAGGGAAGAAAAGGUUAUACUAGAGAAGAAGCCACAGUACAGGUGGGGUUAGAACUCUUGGCAAAUGAGUCGUAAAACUACAGGCAGGUUCGUUAACCACUGGGCCAUCUGGUUACAAUAAGAUUCAUCCAACUAGAGAUAUACACUACAGGGAGGUUAGCAUGGGCCCCACUGUGACCACAAAUGCAAGUUUUUACAGAUGAAUCUCCCAUCAGCUUGGCCAUGAUGAACUCAAAGCCAUCAUCAUAACUCACUUGCCAUGGGUUCUAACCCCACCCAUAUUAUGGUUUGUUUGCAACUGUGUUGUUAUGAUUUUGAGUCUAGAAAAGAAGGAAAAAAUUUAUAAAAAAAGGAAUUUUAAAGUAAACAGAAAAAUACAAUAAAUAAAUAACUUAAAAAAAAUACAUUCAUGUUCAGUAUUUAUGAGCAAAAUAAAAUUUACAAAACAACAAUAAAGAAAAUUUUUGGUAAAUAUGAACAUUAGUAAAAAUUACA